GAUGACUCAUGGUGUAAAACUAAGAGGUUUCUAUCACAGCAUUUUGAAAUUUAUAAUCCAGAGUUAGUACCAGAUUUAUUGGUUGAAAAGUACUUAGAGGAAACUGAUGAGAUGGUCUGUUUGGUCAAUAUGAAUCGUUAUUCUAAUAACCUGGUCAGGGGUAUAAAUAUCGUGCGAUGUGAAGCCAGUCAAUUUCAGAAGAUUCUUACUAUUACACCUCCACCAUCUCCACCUUUAAGAAAUGAAUUUAUUUCA